AUGGUCGUUCGGAUUCGUCUCUCGCGGUUUGGUAACAAACACCAGCCUUUUUACAACAUUUGCGUUUCGCAGGCACGAUCCGCCCGAGACUCCAAACCUCUCGAAGUCAUCGGAACCUACAACCCCAUCCCGCAACGCCCCACGAACCUCUCCACCGAACAAGCGCGCAAUGCCAGACCAUACAAGGAGGUUGCUCUCGACCGGUCACGGGCGAAGUACUGGCUGGGUGUCGGGGCACAGCCUAGUGAUGGGGUGUGGAAGUUGUUGGGCUUGGCUGGUCUUGCGGAUGGGAAAUCGAUGACGAAGACGAAGACUGAGAGGUCGGAGUAG